GAAAAGUUUUCACUCGAAACUGUUCAGCUUCCCUCUGAAACUGUUCCUCUCUUCAUCACUGACGUCGUUCACUGAUUCGGUUCUUGGAUAGCUGCGAACUGGAGUAAUCCACUCGUGAAUCAACUCCAUAUCCCAUCAUCGUUCAUACCAUGCCUCAGUUACAUUUUUGACGUUCGGCAAAUUCGAACUGAGUCUGGGUUCGAACGUGUUGAAUUUUGCUCGCAGGAGUUUCGGUCCAGUGAUUUAUAUCCAUGGGAAACACAAGACGCAUGAUCAAACGCAUUGGUUCACGCGUGGUGCAAAUAAGCUGUGAGUCAGAAGGGAAGGUCGAGAAACUAUGCAAUGUUCACGAGCUAUGCUCUAAUUCAGGGACUAAAACCAAGCAGUAUCGAGAAGAGACUACAAAUGUGAAUGCGUCAGAUACCUCUAGGAAAAGGAAGCGCGGGUUUACAUGUCUGAGGGGCAUAUGGAAUCUUCCCCCCGGGAAACGCAUAGUUGUCCAGUUAGGGAAGAACAUGCAGCCUAUCGGAGAUGAAGGAGGUUUGCUUGGGGAGUUUCUCGGGACAAUUGCUAGAAAUGGCGAGUUGGCACCAUUGUUCACAACUUGGAAGCAAAUUACCGAGGAUAUGAGAAACACUAUGAUUCGGAUUGUUGAGUCCAAAUUUGAUUAUCCUCGUAUACCAGCUAUGGAAAAAUGGAUUCUUCAUUCCAUAAACUCUAAAUGGAGAAAUUGGAAAAGUGAUCUAAAAGCUGCUCACUAUGAUAGCUCUCAGCCAUUAUCAUAUCAUUUGAAGAAUCUUCCAGAAAGAGUGAGAAGAGAUCAAUGGAAAAACCUUGUCGCUUUUUGGAGUUCAAAGGGAGGGAAGAAGCUGAGUAACAUUAAUAAGGCUAAUAGAGCAAAACAGAAGAUACGGCACACCUUAGGGAAAAAAAGUUUUGCAAGGAUAACAGCAGAAAAGGAAGCAGAGUUAGGAAGGGAGCUAAAUCGGGUUGAUUUGUUCAUACUUAGUCAUGAAAGGAAGAAGGGCAAGAAGCCAGUGGAUAAGGGUGUUGCAGAGGCUAUUGGAAGUAUGACUGUCCUCAUGGAGGUCUAUCCGGAACUUUGCAAGAGCGAUACCCCCUUAAAUGAAGAUGCUGUUUCUCUGGUGUUAGGAAAAGAGAAACCUGGACGCAUCCGAUGCUAUGGCAUAGGCCCAUGCCCAAAAGAUUUUAGGGCCUCCAACUCUAGUUCUCUUCUAAUGGAGAACUUAAGAUCAGAAAAUGGAAAAGAUGAAGAGAUUCACAAGUUAAAGGAAGAACUGGAAGCAGCACAGGAGCAAUUGAAAAUGACAAAUGGAGAUGUACAAGAAUUACAGGCCCAACUGAAAAAGAUGUCUAAUAUAGUACAGAAAUUGUCAGCAUACUGUGGACUUGAAGUGGUGUCCUAAGAUCUGGACAAGGUCAUCAAUUCAUGAGACAUGGUAUGCAACUAAUUUUAUUGAUUCAAAAUAGUGAAAGGUGUUUUUUUGACUAACUAUUGAGUCACCUGGAUACUGGAGACUAUGGUGGUUUUAAAGGGAAUAUUGUUGGAUAGGCUUGAAAUAUGAGUUUGACUUUAGGAUUGCUUUGAUGGAACUUGAAAGAGGGAUACAA